AAUCUGCCCAGUUCGAGUCUCGCACCAGUCACGUCGGGUCAACGAAACAUCACGACUCACAAACGACGUGCUCUGAAGUUGAUUUUCAAGUUCAAGUACCAAUUGAAUCCCCGAAGUUAUUCAAAUCGAUCAGGCUGAAUCAAUAGGCACUAUCCUUGACAACGGUCGAAGAAGUAUAUGCUCUUUUUAACCAGUACUAUCAUCACCUCCACAACACUUCGCAGAUUCAUCCCGGCGGCUUCUUCUUCUUUUUGCGUCUAUAGUAGCUUCUCUCGAUCUUUCAUGUCCUCAGUCUCCGUUACAGAAUCAGCAGAUUGCCUUCAAGUCCAAGGACAUAUCCAAUAUGAUACCCCAGAUCAUAUCACCCCCGUCAAAUGUCCACACAUCUCCGCUAGAGCAAUUUCAUAUCUGGUUCAACCAAGCUCGUGAAGCCAAUGUCCGCGAACCGGAUGCUAUGACUCUCUCCACAGCAACAGCAUCGGGUAUACCCUCUUCGCGCAUGGUGCUCUUCAAACAGCUAGACAAACGGGGCUUUGUUUUCUAUACUAACUAUACAUCUCGCAAGUCUCAAGAACUGGAAGAGAACCCUCAAGCUGCCCUGCUUUUCUUCUGGCGUGAGAUGUCUAGGCAGGUGAGGGUACUUGGCAGGGUCGAGAAGUUGUCGAAAGAAGAGAGCGAAGAGUACUUUAAAUCCCGCCCUGUAGGCACCCGUUUGGGUGCUUGGGCAAGCCAUCAGAGCAGCGUCAUCGGUGAAGAUGACCUGGUCAACCGAUUAGCCGAGGUUCAGGAGCGAUUCGGAGUGCAGGCAUCCGACAAAGAAGGCGAUGUUCCAUUACCUAACUUCUGGGGUGGAUGGAGGGUAAUCCCCAGCGAAGUUGAAUUUUGGCUUGGAAAGCCUUCACGGCUUCAUGACCGUGUCCGAUAUCUUCGUGUGGAAGGUUCGCCCGACAACCAACCGCAGUGGACGAUAGAUAGAUUGUCCCCGUAAUCUCCAACAUGAGGAUAUUAAGGACCGAUA